AUGUCUUUCGGUCGGUCGAUGGAAGCGCCUAUGGAUUUUAAAUACAGUGAUAGACCAUUGAAAAGAACGCAUAAUGAAUACGAUAAUGAGAUGAGCUUUAGAAGCAAUGAAAACGUAACAUUCAAAGACGAUGACAGAAGGAGUAAUUUGGUUGGGAGCAACACGCCAUUCCUUUUCAAUAAAGUGGAUGUUGAGCCUAAUAAUGCUGAUAUUGAGAAGAAAGAUUAUGAUAAUUUUAAAUGGGACGUUAAAGCAUCGCUCGGUUUAGGUGAAGUUGAAAUGACAGACUUAAGUACGAGUAAUGAAGACAAUAAAUUGAAGGUUUCUAAUAGCGCAGUUAAUAAAAUGCGUAAAAAGAGAAUACGAAAUCAACAGAGCAAGGAGAAUACAAAAGACGAAGAUGAUAGAUUAGAUUAUAGAUACCAACAAGAUAUACCAAAAUUAUUAUCAACUUAUGCACAAAUGGGUUUCAAUUUAUUCUUACUAUUAGGUUUAUCAUUAUUAGCAUUCAAACUAGUACGAACGAUAUUAAAAGACGUUGAGCACAAAGUAGAAGUAUACGUACAGUCAUUAAACUCAGAAUCAUCAGCAUGUGCGAGGUCAUACGCGCUAAAUCAAUGUGAUCCAUCGACGAGGGUACCAGUUAGUGAAGACGCAUGUAUACAUUUUGAGCAAUGUAUGCACAGGGAUCCGACGACAGUGGGCAUAGCAAGAGUCGGGGCAGCAGCGUUUGCAGAGAUAUUAGAAGGGUUUGCAAAUGAGAUAGGGCUAAGAGGCGCUAUGUUGAUAUUAGUUUUGCUAGGAUUCUUGUGGAUGAUGAGGAAUGUUGGGAACAGAGCCGGUGGAGGAAGUGUAGAUCAAAGGAUGACGAUAGACGAUAAUAAGAUUGAGGAAUUUCAGAUGUUCUUGAGAUCGCAACAGGGUCACAAAGGCAGCAAUAAUAAUUUAAAGAAGAGAUGGGGUGGAGGAUAUAAGAUAGAGCCAAGAGAUGCAUUGAUGGAGAGAACAAGAAUGCUAAGAUGA